AUGUUGGACCAUAUCCGAGAUAUCGAGAGUUCGCCCCAUAUCGACCACCAUGAUUCCGACGACAGCAAACCAAUCAUCGAGCCACAACUAAAUGUUGGCGGCCAUGGCGCGACGCAGCGCCGUCUCAAGGACUAUCAUGUCACAAUGAUCGGUUUUUGUUCCGGUAUAGGGACGGGACUCUUCAUUGGAACAGGAUCUGCGUAUGCAAAUGCUGGACCAGCGGGCUUGUUGCUCGCAUAUAUCAUCGUCGGGAGUGUGUUAUGGUGUGUUAUGCAAAGUAUUGCAGAGCUGGCUACUGUGAUCCCUACUGCUGGUUCAUUUCCACAUUUUGCUAGCCGCUUCAUUGAUCCGGCGGUCGGUUUCUCCCUGGCUAUAAGUUAUGGAUACUGUUAUACUAUAUCCAUUGCUGCUGAGUGCUCAGCAUCCGCAAUUCUCGUAGGCUACUGGACCGACCUAUCGCCUGCCGUUGUCAUCACCAUCAGUCUUGUUCUCAUCCUUGCAAUCAACCUGCUGAGCGUGCGCUGGUUCGGUGAAUCUGAAGUCGCCGCAGGUACGAUCAAGAUCGCAUGCUUCCUUGGUCUAGUUUUGGUUUCUAUUGUCAUCACGUCCGGAGGCGCGCCGAAUGGUGAGACCAUUGGCUUCCGUUACUGGAACGACCCCGGGGCCUGGGUGGAUUACAAUGGUAUCACUGGGCCGACGGAUCGCCAACUUCCACAAUUCUUUGGCCGCACCUGGAGCAACGGAGUACCAUACUGGGCAGUCCUGGCGUCGUGGCUAUUCGGUCCUCUCGCAUAUCUCAGUUUGGGUUCGGGAGGCGCUGCGCAAGCUUUCGGUUGGCUGGUGAGUCUUAGCACUGUUGCGGGGUUGAUUGCCUGGGCAACAUUAUGUUUCUGCUAUAUCCGCUUUCAUGCUGCUAUGAAAGCGCAAGGACAUAGCCGAGAUAGCUUGCCCUGGAAGGGCCCGUUCCAACCUUUCACUGCGUGGUAUGGGUUUGUCGGGUCUACUAUCAUUACCUUGAUUACGGGAUUUCCUGUCUUCUUGAAGGGAAACUGGAGUACGGGUGAUUUUAUCGCCUCGUAUAUUGGCAUCCCAAUUUUCAUUGUGCCGAUCAUAAUCUGGAAGUUGUGGCACAAGACAAAAUUCGCUCGUGCCAACACCAUCGAUCUACAUUCUGGACGUCUUCGGUGA